UCUGUAGCCCAGGAUCCCAGUUCUGGACCUGGAGACUUGCUGAACCCGGCGAGGAAGCGUCGCUGUCCGCCUCUCACCCCAGGACAUCGGGCGGCGGUGUGAAUAUUUGUUUUGCAUGAAUCAUCUCGGAAAACCCCGCUGAAGAAGAACGAGGAGGCGGACAGCUGAGCAGCACAGUAUUUCCGGAAACAUGGAGGCCGUUAUCGGGGAAGUUGUUGCCCCUGAGGAUCUUAUAAAAUUCGAAAAGAAGUACAACGCAGAACUGGUGGAAGGUGGUGUCUCCAGCGUCACGCAGUUUGAGUACGCCUGGUGUUUGAUCCGGAGCAAGUACUCCGACGACAUUAAGAAGGGAAUCGUGUUGCUGAAUGAGCUGGUCCACACCGGGACGAAAGACGAGCAGAGGGACUACCUGUUCUACUUGGCCGUUGGGUGCUACAAGCUUAAGGAGUACCAGAAGGGCCUAAAGUACAUCCGAAACCUGUUGAAAAGCGAGCCUGGGAACACCCAGGCCCUGGACCUGGAGAAGUUUAUCGACAAGGCGAUGAAGAAGGAUGGGCUGAUCGGCAUGGCCAUCGUCGGGGGCCUGGGCCUGGGCCUCGCCGGCUUGGCGGCGGGACUCAUCGGUCUGGCCGUGGCAAAGAAGGUCUAAUUAGCACCCCCAGCCCCCGAACAACCUAGAUGCCCAGACAGUGGCAUGAAGCCUAACCAGGAGCUCCACUGUAUCAAUGCUAUGCUGCCUCUUUAAAAAGAGUGAAAACGGUGUCAUUAAUUUAUUUAGGUGUGAUGUGAGAGGAAGGUAAGUUUCUCUUAAAGAACCGCCAUGUUUAUCGUGUUUUUUGCCCAAACUAACAGUUCUCAGCUGCACAUAACCUUCCAGUGUUUUCUGGGGGAUGCCCUGUAGAAUAACACGCUGUCUGCAGCUCUUCCUGUAUUUAUUUUUGAUUAUUUGUUUGUCGAAUGGCUCUUGUGGGCAUGGCCCCGUGAUUCGUGACUAGCAGAGUAUUCGUUAGAAGGUUAGAGAUCGCUGGCAGCCAUGACUGUGCACAUAGAUGGAGGAUUUAGUAAGUUUGCGGUUUCCUGGAUAAAUUGUUACGAAUUCAGAUCAAGGCUUACUUAACCUCUGGAGUUUAAAGUGAGAAUCUAUCUCAUUGUUAUAUUGCCUAAGAUUCCUUAUGUAUGUUUUAAUGCUGUGAGGACUGUUCCAUACUGUCACUGGGAAUAAGGUUUUCCUCAAGGCUGAAGUGUUCUGUUUGUUCGGUAAGUUUUGUACAGGUAAAAUGACUAAAGUGAUCCUGCCCAUAGAGGGCAGUGUUGGCAUCCCCUGAAAAAAUACAUCGUUCGAUUCUCUAACAGAUAGCAAGUGUAUGUUAUGUAACACUUGACAGUUUUAUUGAGAGAUUUCAUUUGUUAGUGAUUAGUGACGUGAACUUUGGCUUCAUAAGCCGCGGUGGUUGAGAUUAUGGUGCAUCACUGAUUAGUUUAACUCCCUUGUAAUUGAACGGUUCCUGCUGGGUUACAGUCUGCAGUUAUGCCAGUGCCUGAUUCCUGACUGCCGGUUGCUUCACCGUCUGUGUUCAGUAUGCGCCAAAUGCCAAAAAAACUGUAAUGAUUACAAUAUUCAAUAAAACCUGCAGGAGUAUGGUUCUGGGGUAAAUUGACUGUUUGCUCGAAAUAGCAGUAAUAUGAACUUCUACCCAUAUGUUUAACACAACCAUUUAAUACGCCGGUUAACCAAACAGUUUGUCAAACUAAGGGGAAAACUCGGUAGCCUAUUCUUUUCCCUAAAAGCUAUUCCAAAGAAACAUUUUGUUAAAGGGAGGGGCUGUGUUAAAGUGCUUCCUGUCCAUUUUAUUGUUUUAAAGAGACUGUUUUAAGUUAUACGACGGCAGCUUGACCACUGUGCACUGGUCCCAGGUCAGCACUGAGGUUCUUUGUUAUAAACCGUGUUUUCUUAUCUGCGCUGUCAAGGAAUAUACUUAAAUACGUGCUAAAUACAUUGCUGCUUGCCGACUGUGGAAUUAAAAACAGUUCUAAUGAAACAGA